GAUUGGGGUUGGAGCUGAAAUCUGCAGGACAGUAGCUCUCCAGGAGCAGGGCUGGAGACCCCUGGUGUAGUUGCUGAAGUAUCUGUAGUAUUUGCUCCAGUCCAUCAGGUGGCAGGGUCGCAUCAGCGCUCUUUCUGAGCUGUCCGCCGAUGUUUUAAGUACGCUGAGGUUUACCUAGCAGUGAAAUUCAAUCCACGCUUACCUGUAACAUACAGUCAGUUAGAAAUUUCGCCAACCUCAAAACUUGAUCCGUUAGGUUUGUUUGUUGUUACAUAUAUUUUAUUUAGUCGAAAGAUGUCAGGCAGCUUCGGACGGAAUCCUCCUCCUCUCCCUGAUAGUGAAGAUCAGGAGGCUGAGUUUGACACUCGAGUGCUGGACAGCGACGAGGAGGAUGAAGAAGGCGAGGACAUAUUAACCGGCGCCAGAGUGAGACCCUCGCUUCAGAAUGAAUCGCCAGUUGGCAUUAUCUGAUUGAGUCGUAUGUGGGGAAACAUUUAAGUGUCAUUUGACAGAAGCUAGCUGAUAGCUUAUAGUCAGUGUCUGCAGCGAGUAAACCGAUCACACCCACAUCAGCUCCUGAUGAGGGCGAUAUCUUCAGCGAGGAGGGCUCGUACAUCAGAAGAGAUGUCCAUCACGCCACUAAUGGCCUUCCCUCUGAUGAAGAGCUGGAUCUGUUCACUGAAUCCAGGACACAGCAGAUGUUAAACUGAAACCAAUAUCCUGAAACCUGUUACCAGAAUAUUCUCAGCUAAAAUGAUCAAGGCCACUGUAGAACUGACGCUAACCAGCACCACUAGUCAGGGCAGGAGAGAGAUUAUUGGCCCGACCGCGUCGGCUUGCAACACCACACAUGUCCCUAAUUCCAUACUCAAACCCAGCGUUGUCACCAAGACCAUGGAGGAGUUGGAGGAGGAAGAGAGUGGAGACCAGUUUGAGCUGAACAUCGCAGUCACUAAUCCAGAGAAAAUUGGAGAUGGCAUGAAUGCCUACAUGUCUUACAAAGUGUCGACUCGGACUACACUGCCCAUGUUCCCGAAUAAGAUGUUCUCAGUGCGUCGACGUUUCAGUGAUUUUCUGGGACUUUAUGAGAAGAUAUCAGCCAAACACUCCCUGCUGGGUUGCAUCAUCCCACCUCCACCUCAGAAGAGUGUAGUGGGGAUGACUAAAGUGAAGGUAGGGAAGGAGGAUUCAUCCUCGGCGGAGUUUGUGGAAAAGAGACGAGCAGCACUGGAGAGGUAUCUACAAAGAGUAGUGGCUCAUCCAUCUCUAUUACAGGACCCUGAUGUUCGAGAGUUUUUAGAGAGAGAUGAGUUGCCCAGGGCAGUGAAUACUCAGACUUUGAGUGGACCUGGCCUCCUAAAGAUGAUAAACAGAGCGUCGGAUGCAGUGAAUAAGAUGACCAUUAAAAUGAAUGAAUCAGAUAACUGGUUUGAGAGUAAGCUUCAGGAGGUGGAGAAUGAGGAGCAGCUGCUGAGGAGGCUCCAUGCCGCUGUUGACUCAUUAGUAAACCACAGGAAAGAGUUGUGUAGUAACACAGCGGUGUUUAGUAGGAGUGUGGCCAUGCUGGGCAGUGUGGAGGAGAACUCUGCGUUAUCUCGUGCGCUGUCACAGCUGGCAGAAGUGGAGGAUAAGAUGGAGCAGCUGCAUCAGCAACAGACCUUCAGCGAUUUCUUCAUCCUCGCUGAGCUCCUGGCCGACUACGUCAGGCUGCUGGGGGCCGUGAGGUGCUGUUUUGAGCAGAGGAUGAAAGUGUGGCAGCGUCUACAGGAAGCUCAGAGUACACUGCAGAAGAAACGAGAGGCUGAGGCCAAGCUGCUCUGGGCAAAUAAACCCGAGAAGCUGCAGCAGGCUAAAGACGACAUAAAUGAGGUUAAAUUAUCAACAGCGAAUGCUAAACAUAACACGUGGGAGUCUAAAGUCAGUCAGUAUGAGAGAGAUUUCGAAAGAGUUACCUGUACUGUGCGUAAAGAAGUGCUCAGAUUUGAGAAAGAGAGAGCCAGAGAUUUCAAACAGUACAUAGUGAAAUACCUGGAGUCCCUGCUUCACACACAGCAUAGGUUGGUGAAGUAUUGGGAGGACUUCCUGCCUGAGGUCAAAGCCAUCGCCUGAUCAGAGCCUUAACUCACAUGCUCCUAACCUUUGAUCUUGACACAAGACAAUCAGCAUUUCUCUUUUCCUAUUUCCUUUGCUCUCUAUGUGUGAAAUAACAUGUACAUCUUAAUAUUUGUUCAUUGAUAAGCCAAUCCCUAGAUUGUGAUGGUAAACCUGUGCAGUGACCCAUAUAUCACUGUUGACAACUGAAUGUUGAGUGUAAAGGUUAAAGGUCAGAGCGGGAUUAAAGAAAAUAACACCUUAUGUGUGGAAUGCAGCAAGUAUAUUUUUUUUAUGUGUGCACGUAUGUGUGUGUUAAGUGUUAUCCUUAAGAUUUUUAAUGGUGCUUAGCUUAUGUAGUGUUUUAGUAGACAUUAAACCGCCUUUAAGAUUGUUGAGUGUCAUUUUCUGGAUGUGCACAGGGGUAAGACGUUUGUAAUCCAUUCCAGAUAAUAGAGAAAAACACUUGAGAUGUUUCUGGGGCACUCAACCCAGCCUGAUGUUGCACCGCAUAUUUAAAAUUACAGCAAAGUUAGAGUACGAUAUAGAAAAAAAGAAUUAAUCACAGACUAUGAAGGGAAAAUUUUUGGUGUCUUUGAAUGAAGUCCCAUAUUUUGUGUUGAUAGUUUUGAAUGUUUAUGUUCUCAAACAGUUGCACUGAUCUGGACUGGUCCAGAUAAUAGUCUACUUGCGGUAUAGGUGUGCAAACAUUUCUAUUAAAAAUUCUAGAUGAAUGAAUUCAAUUUUAGUCUUUAACAUUUAUGCACUGCUGGUGUAUUCAUGAUAUCACAGUAUCUUGCAGAAACUGGAGCCUCAUUUAUAAAAUGCAUUUACGAUUUCAUUUGAUGUCAAAAGUAAGGAACAAAUUGGGAUAAACAAAAGCAUGUGUAUGAACUUCCUGUGCUCAUAUACCAUUAAUAAAACUCAAUUAAGAACAUGUAAAGAUAAAUAGGCAAUCACGUUAUGCAUUUAUAUUGAAUGCACAAAUUAGCAAUAUUUUAACCGCUCUGUGAUAAUUAUGUCUCUGUAAUUGCUUAAUUAUAUAUUAACCAUGAAUGGAUGUUUGUGUGCAUUCUGUAGGUGGAGUUUAUCAAGAGAUGCAUUUAGAGACAUUUUUGUGUAUACAGACUUUUUAUAAAUCAUAUGAACAUUUCGGAAACUUUUGUGUGUUCACACAUUUUACACAGGUCUUUAUAAAUGAGGCCCUAGGACCUUAAAUGACGUGGAUAUUGACGGGAAACCCCCAUAUUCAAAGCAGAGGUCUAUGAAUGUUUUUUUUUUUUAAGCUAGAUUUAAACAAAUUGUGAAUUUGGUUAUUUUCUUGGUAAAAACAUUUUGGUUUGAAGCUCUUUUCCUGACACUAAGACUAUACUGUACUAUAAGCUUCCAUUUUGACUAUUAACAAGAUGUCAGUGACCUGGUACACGAAAGACGUGCAUUUGUUUAAAACAGUUUGCAGUUGUCCUGUCAAACAUUAUUUGUCUAUUUGAUGAAAAUAAAACUUAAUAAAAAGGUUGUUGUCAUCUUUUCAGAUUAAGUACAUCUCAAACUAUCACAAUUUCAUCAGCUAAUCAAUACAACAUUUGUAUUCAAUUAAAGGUGCUGUAUGUAGGAUUGACACAGUGUGGUUGAACUAGGUAUUGCAGGCCAAAUUCAAAAUGUUGGAGAGGGUAUUUUUCACCCGGUUCCUCCUCCUCAGAUUUGACACAUGUAGGUUGCCAGAUUGACAACACCAACAGGAACGAGCGCACUUGACAAUGAAUGAAAUAGGAUACGCAUAUUUUCCAGCAACUGGCAACCUGGGGUGCCAAGAUACAAUUGGGUAAACUGGCAGUGGGCGGGAUUCACAAGCCAAAACAAAGAUCGAUAUUCCAGCCCGGAAUGCACAUUUUCAGGAGAAUAACUGAC